GAAAUGUGCACACGAAAACUCGAAGUAUGCCUAAAUGUGCUAUCAAUGUGCAAACGAAGGAAGUACACGACGUUUCAUUAUUUUGAAGUUGGAGGUCUAACUUCACGCGGGUCUUUUGUCUCAUAUAAGGACCUUACGGGAAGCAGUUUAGGCUAGACGAACCUAAUGCUGCUAACGAAUUGUAAUAGUCAAAAAGUAUUCAAUAAUAAUGAUGAAAUCAUUGCUAUGCAAAACAUUGUAAUACAAUUAUGUGAAACGUUGAUACGAAUGCCAGUGGUGUUAGAAUUUCUGAUGGUGUGUGUAUUUGUUGUAUAUGAGGUUUAUAUUGGGCGAGUGGUUUUGCUAAUGACUACUAAUUGUGAGUAUAAACAGCAUUCCUACUUCAUAGGAAAUUGGUUGGUUAGUAGGAAUCAACGAUCAUAUAAUUUUCUUAUUCCGUAACUAGGAUGUUGAUGUAAUCUACUUAUUUGUCAACAUAAUGCAAAUAAUAAGAUAUGUACCAAAACCAUGCGGUAGUAUAAUUUAGUGUGGCCGGUGGGAAUAUUAUAUUUAGAGAAGCGUACUUAUAUGUGGUGUGCAAGGUCGGGUACUGUAGCAUAAAGUACCUUGAAAGUAUUUGCAUCGAGUGUGAUUUAAAACUGGAAAUGACAGCGAUUUAGAGAUGCACGAUGGAAUAGCAAUUUUACCACUCAUAGCAUUCGUUAUUUGUAGGAUUUCUUUAUGCCUACAUUGCUUGAGGGACUCAUCCAUGAGGGACUUUCCAUUUUUCGGGAAACCAAUUCAAUGACAACUGAAAAUCAGGUUACGUACUCUACCUUUAGAUAGAGCAGGACGUCUAUUGCUAAACGAUAUGAGAAAUUUUCUCCAAUUCCAACUUUCCUUGAUUGAGGAGCUGGCGUUGCAACAGGUUGCAAUUAUUCAGUUGGUUCAAGGAUUUAUUCGAAAACGUUCCUUUCUUUGGUUAUUCGGAGACCUAACUAAAUAAUUGGGUGAACGUGAUGAAAAGAAACAAUGGCCUUUUGAACACCAACGAAUCUUCUACUACCCAAUUAUCUUACUAUGAAGAAAUGAGUUUGACGAAUCUUUAACGACUAAGUGCGCACGAUUAUAGGAGAUAUGAGUUUUGAUACUUCGAUGAGACUGGAUGGUCCGCUGUCCACAAUGCGAGCCGGCUCCCUAUCCCCAACUUCAACUCCAGAAGAGCUCGAAAGGAGAGCGGAAAUUCAAAGGAACGACUUGCUCCUACACGAAGCUGUGAUUAAAAAUGAUACUGAUGCGGCGAAACGAAUUUUGAGGGAUCCAGUCGAUAUCAAUUCCCGAAAUAAUUAUGGACGAGCUCCGAUUCAUUGGGCAUCGUCGCGUGGGAAUACAGAUAUAAUGGAGAUGUUAAUAACGAACAAUUGUGACACCGAAGCUAGAGAUAAGUAUGGAAUGCGGCCUAUAUUAAUGGCAGCAUGGCAUGGACAUCGAGAUGCUGUGCAACUCCUAAUCAAUGCAGGCGCUUGUUCUAACGCAACGAAUAAGAAACACUUUACGCUUUUAAUGUGCGCCGCAAAAAACAAUCGAUUAGAUGUCGUCGACUACAUUUUGGAUAAUCUUGAAGACGUACGUGUUGAUGUCGUUGAUAUUGAGGGACAAACUGCGCUCUUUCACGCCGCCAUGGGAGGACAUCUAAAUGUAGUUAAAAGAUUGGUGGAAGCAGGUGCAUCCAUUGAUCGCCGAAAUAAGGAAUCUCGUACUGCACUCCACGCCGCAUCGGAAAGGGGGCACGCGGAUGUAGCAGAAUUUCUCCUAACUCAUGAAGGUGACAUGGAAGCACGCGAUUCCCAAGGAAAUACACCUUUACACAUUGCUGCUCAAAAUCAACAAACAAGGCUCGUGCAACUGCUUUUGGAUCACGGAGCGGAUCCUGACGCUGAGAAUUCGAAGGGAUUUUCUCCACUGCACAUCGCCUGCAGUUUGGGUAGCCGAGGGAUUUUGGAAGCUCUCAUGCAACAUGGUGCACAUUUAAAUACACAAAAUAAGAUGGGAAAUACACCGUUGCAUUUGGCUUGUCAAGUAAACGUAGUCGAUAUAGUUGAAAUACUUAUAGGAAAAGGUGCAGACUUGAACGCAUUAAAUUCGCGUCUUCAAUCUCCAAUACAUAUCGCAGCCGAAAUGGGGCAUGUGGACAUUUGCAAGCUUUUGUUGUCGGCUGGCGCAAAUAUUGAACAGCGAGAGCAAGGUGGCAGAACACCGUUGUACAUAGCCGCUAGAGGUAGCUUUACGGCCAUUGUUGACAUGAUAAUAAAAACGGCACGUCUCGACUACCCUCCUCACGAGGAAAAAAGUAACAACAUUAGUAAAAAGGAGGGAGGAUUGAGGCCGGUCCUAAAUUCCGCCCGCAUGAAGCUGCGAUACUCGAAGGAUGAAGGAAUUCGACGAUGGGAUAGCGAGCGUCUGAGGGAGAUAUUGUUUAAACUCGCCUACAAACAGCUCAGUCCUGGGGAGUGGAAACGUCUUGCUAACCAUUGGGCUUUCACGGAGGAGCAGAUACGAGCAAUUGAACACCAAUACACAGGUCCUUCGAGUUACAAAGAACAUGGAUACCGAAUGAUGCUUAUAUGGUCUCAUGGUUUACCACCAGACGCUAAUCCAAUUCGUGAGUUGUAUGAUAGUUUGACUGCAAUAGAAAAACGAUCAGUUGCAGAUGCUCUACGAAGAAAGUUAGAUCAGGAAAACGAAGAAAGAAGAAAAGGUAGUAAAAAAAGUUGUGGCCAUUGCAGUAUAACUUAGUAAAGUUGAGUUACAUUUUUGCGUUCAAUGAAUCUUAUGAUAAACGAACAUAUCGUGUACCUAUAUCGAUUUAUAUAAUACCUAUAAGUAUAUUUCACAACCUAUUUUUAUAUUUGUGUAAUCUGAAUGGUAGCUCUAUUUAUAUAAAUUGAAUUAUAUACACGAUUUUUUCAAGUCUUUCUAUCGAAACGUUUGGACCAACUUAUGUAUAAAAGGUAAAGAUCGUCAAUGUAUUUGCACUAAAUGAAAAUGGUUAAAGCACUGAAUCCAAAAUUUUGAUUAUACACAAAAUUAACGAAUAGUCUGCUUUAUUGAGCUGUCAUACAAAGUAGGUGUGAUAUCGACAUUGAAAUUUGUCAAUUAGAUAUAUCAUUUGUAUCGACAAUUUAGAUGUAUGGAUGCUGUAAAUGUUUAAUCUCGCUUUCACAGUUACCUACCUAAUUAUAUAGUUUAUUUAAAGAUUAUAUUCCAACUAAAAUCUAAAGUCCAAAAGGUCUUUGUGUUUGUUUUUAUAAAUAAAAGGUUACAUUUGA